CCAUUUUACUCUCUACGUAUCUCUCUUUUAUCCUUAUCCCAUAAUUGUUGAAUGAUCUUUUAAUCCCACGUCCAUAUAUAGCAUUGAUGCUUGGUUGUUCGGUUAUCGUUAUUUUUCCUCUGGCCGGCCAUUGAUUAGUACAAGAUUAAUCGGCACGUUCCUCUUUCUUCUCUCGUGUUCCUCGAUCCACUAACUCCUAGCUGAAAAUUGUGAGCGGGCACUAUGGAGAUAGAGGUGGCGAGUAGUAGUUACAGUGCUAAGAGUAGCAGUGUUAGUAUUAGUACUAAAGGUGGUGAUGGUGGUAGCAGUAGCAUGUAUCAAGAAAAGGUGGCAUCGGAAGGUGGAGCGGAGAGGGGGGUCUAUUUGGUGUGGGAGGAUCUAACUGUGGUGUUGCCAAAUUUUGGAAAUGGUCCAACAAGAAGGCUGCUCCAAGGACUUAGAGGGUUUGCUGAGCCAGGUAGGAUCAUGGCUAUCAUGGGUCCGUCUGGGUCUGGAAAAUCCACUCUUCUUGAUUCACUAGCAGGUAGACUGUCAAGAAAUGUCAUAAUGACUGGAAGUGUUCUUUUCAAUGGAAAGAAGAGGAGGCUAGACGCUGGUGUUGCUUAUGUGACACAAGAGGAUGUGUUGUUAGGAACUCUUACAGUCAGAGAAACGAUCACUUACACUGCAAAUUUAAGGCUUCCAAAUACGAUGAGAAAGGAGGAGAUUGAUUGCGUCGUAGAAGGAACGAUCAUGGAAAUGGGUCUCCAAGAUUGUGCUGAUCGGAUGGUUGGAAACUGGCAUUUGAGAGGCAUAAGUGGUGGUGAAAAGAAGAGAUUAAGUAUUGCAAUAGAAAUCCUCACAAGGCCACAUCUCUUGUUCCUUGAUGAACCUACUAGUGGUCUUGAUAGUGCCUCAGCAUUCUUCGUAAUUCAAACACUUAGAAAUAUAGCUCGCGAUGGAAGGACAAUUAUAUCUUCAAUUCACCAGCCAAGUAGUGAAGUUUUUGCACUCUUUGAUGAUCUUUUCUUACUCUCCGGUGGUGAAACUGUCUAUUUUGGAGAUGCAAAGAUGGCUAUAGAGUUCUUUGCUGAAGCUGGUUUUCCAUGUCCAAGAAGAAGGAAUCCUUCUGAUCACUUUCUACGCUGUAUAAAUUCAGACUUUGAUGCUAUAACAGCUACACUGAAAGGAUCUCAAAAAAUUCGAGAUGUCCCUAUCUCGGCAGAUCCUUUGAUGAGUUUUGCAACAGAAGAGAUCAAAUCAAGACUUGUUGAGAAAUAUAGGCGCUCGAACUAUGCGCAAAAGGCCAAAGCAAGGGUUAAGGAGAUAUCAGCUAUUGAAGGACUGGAAGUUGAAACUCAAAGUGGAAGUGAAGCAAGCUGGCGAAAGCAACUCUCAACACUGACCCGAAGAUCAUUUGUGAACAUGUCCAGAGAUGUGGGAUAUUACUGGGCAAGGAUAGUGAUCUACAUAGUUGUUUCCAUCUGUGUUGGUACAAUCUAUCAUGAUGUUGGGCAUGACUACACUGCGAUCUUGGCUAGGGUAGCUUGUGGGGGAUUUAUAACUGGCUUCAUGACUUUUAUGUCUAUUGGAGGCUUCCCUUCUUUCAUUGAAGAAAUGAAGGUUUUUUAUCGAGAAAAGCUUAAUGGCUAUUAUGGGGUUACAGUGUUUAUCCUGUCCAAUUACUUCUCCUCUUUCCCGUUCUUGGUUACGAUCGCUCUCCUCACCGGGACCAUAUGUUUUUACUUGGUGAAAUUUCGAUCGGGAUUUAAUCAUUACGUAUUUUUCUGUCUCAAUAUCUUCGGCGCCAUUUCUGUUAUAGAGAGCCUGAUGAUGGUUGUAGCUUCACUGGUCCCCAAUUUCUUGACGGGACUGAUUACUGGGGCUGGAAUCAUUGGGAUCAUGAUGAUGACCUCUGGUUUCUUCAGAUUGCUGCCUGAUCUUCCAAAACCGUUCUGGCGCUAUCCAGUUUCGUAUAUCAAUUUUGGAGCCUGGGGAAUUCAGGGUGCCUACAAGAAUGAUUUCCUCGGACUUGAGUUUGAGCCUCUAGUACCUGGUGAGCCAAAAAUAUCUGGAGAAUUUGUUGUCACACGUAUGUUUGGCGUCCCCCUAGAUCAUUCGAAGUGGUGGGAUUUAUCUGCUAUUUAUCUCAUUCUUGUAUGCUAUCGGAUUCUAUUCUUCGUUGUGCUCAAGCUCAAGGAGAGAGCUUUGCCAUUCGUUAAGGAUCUUUACAGUAAGAGAACUUUGCGAAUAAUUGAAAAGAGGCCUUCCUUCAGGAAAGCACCAUCUUUUUCUUCCAGCAGGCAUCAGCCUCUCCACUCGCUGUCUUCUCAAGAGGGCCUUAACUCUCCACUCAACUAGGAAUCCCCAAUAAUCUCGAGUUGCUAAUCAAGUUGUAAUACAUUCUGCUGCUCUUAUUGUAACUCGAAGUUCAUGCAUACACAGCAGCAAAUAAUUAAAGAUAGAUUGUAGUCCUGUCGAAGGUGGACAUGCAAGACUUCAUCACUAUUAUUUCUGAUGGAUGCAAUGAAAGCAUACAUGGGAAAUUGCCCAGCUUGUAUUUAAUACUCUGUUACCCUAUAUAUGUAUUGUCGUCAAGUUGUAUUUU